CAUCCGAUCCCUCCCCGUUCAUAUCGACCAACCAGUGCCUUGUUCCCCGUCUGCGCUGCAGGCCGAACGCCGACAGUCGUUAUGUACACGUUCGGUUGUAUUUUUACUAUUCUUCUGUUGUGCCGGUUCGGUUUAUCAUCCUAUGAGAUUAGCGAUGAAAUUUUGUACAAAGUUAGGUGGAGUUUCAGUAAGGACGGAUCAGAGGAUCGCCCGUUGAGUCAGAAUAUCUUAAUUAGCACGAGUGCGGGUGAAAAGUUCGAAUGUCUCGUACCAAUUGCUCAAGAGUUUCCCGAAGUUAAUCAACUAGAUUCUAAUGCAACUGCGAAUGAAGAAGUGCUUUUAGAACAGCUCUUUGAGGCGCGACCGUGCAGCACAAGAGCGGAGUUUUACUGGAGUUAUGAAUUAUGUCACAAGAAUUAUGUUCGUCAGUUCCAUGAGGAACUCUUACCAGAUAAGAUAACAAAGAGUAGCAAAACGCAGGAGUACUUUCUCGGUUAUCAUAAAAAAGGUAUGUAUUUGCUGUUCGUUGAACGUUUUCGAAUUUUAGAAAUUUCCGCAGGUUCCCCACAUUCUGCAUCGCGACCGGGAAUUCUGCUGGGUGGUUCUUCGUACCCGUACUACGUCGUCAAGUUCGUCGAUGGAACACCAUGUGACCUGACUGGCGAGCGUCGUCUCACCUCAGUUCUAUACAUUUGUCUCGAAGAUGAAGAUGGGAGGAUUAUCCAGGUCUCUGAGGUAGAAUCCUGUCAGUACCAAGUGGUGUUUGCGACAAGAUACUUGUGCUCACACCCGGCAUACCGGCUUCCGAAGCGUCCUGUAAAGCCACUCUCGUGCGCACCCCGAGAAGGAGCUGUAGCUAAACCGGUUUCCCUCAUGGAAUUCGAAAAACAACAAGAGCAGUUGUCACAGCAUGGUAUCAGCAACCUGGCGGCGCUCUUUGGAAACGUUGCACUGAAGAAUAUCAGAGUGGAAGCGAACCGGAGAAACAACCUGAUUGUGUACCGCAUCCGAACUAUUGAUACCGAUGAAAGCAAUGAGACCGAUGAAGAUACCAUGAGUCAAGAAGAUACUUCAUCUUCAGAUGGGGAUUCUGCCAAUCGAGGUGAUACGGGUAAAGCGGCAGAACCGACAAGCAAGCCGACGAUGCCUGGCAGUGCAUAUCGCACACGUUUUCUAGAGUUUAUUAGUGGAAAAUUCUGCCUCCAAGGACGGGCAGCUGGUUGGUGGCAGUACGAAAUUUGCUUGAGAAGUAAUGUCACUCAGUAUCAUGUUAACAACCAAGGCAAACGUGCGCAAGUGAUUGUACUGGGUCAGUGGGACCCAGCUGCGCAUGAAAGAUGGUCAACAAAACAGGCCCAAAAUUCGAUUUCACAUGUACGCUCCUCGGCCGAAGGUGUCAAUCUCUUCUACGGCAAUGGGGAGUUUUGUGAGCUGAUUGGACAGGUGCGGGAGACUGUUGUUAAGCUUAGAUGCAACACAGCUGCCAAUGGGAUCCACUUGUCGUUCACUGAGCGAACUGAUUGUCGUUACACUGUGUUGGUCGAAAGUUCGGCGUUCUGUGAACUGACAACAGAUGAGAUAAAGUCCCUCGUCUACUGACUUUCAUAGGACACCUGUUUUAUAACUUCGGGAACGGGUAUAGUUCGCGGAUUAUCACCCCGGAUAUUCGCGCUUUCAUCUGGCACUGGUCACCUGUGAACCUUAUUAUUCUAUUUUGUAUCAUCAUUGUUUAAUCUACCACCUUACGUGAUGUGCCCUGCUGUUUUCAUGAAGUUACCAGCUUCCUGCAAAUACCUGCAAUUCUAGUUUACUAGGUACAACGAAACAAUAAAGACUACACGAAGC